AUGGGUAUCGGGCACUACCACGACGAAGUCGUGUCCAUUUGGUGGCAGCCCAUCCCGAAGCCCGAAAGGCCCGGGGCUCCCAACCGAUCUCCUCACUGCAUCCACCUCGACACUCGACGUAUCGCCGGAAUCUGGCUGGUGUCUGGAGCCUCCCGAGCUUACAUUCGACCCCUCAGCAGCGUAGUAACUCUACCUAGCAGUCCUUUGAGCCAACACAGGCAGCCCGCCCCCACCGUUAGUUUGCUGCCUGCUGUUCGCAAUUUCCAAACAACUGCUGUAACCAAAGAUAUUGAUUCAGCUGCAAAAUUUAUUGGUGCUGGUGCUGCCACUGUUGGAGUGGCUGGCUCAGGUGCUGGCAUCGGUACAGUGUUCGGUUCCCUCAUCAUCGGCUAUGCCAGGAAUCCUUCCCUGAAGCAGCAGCUCUUCUCCUACGCCAUCCUGGGUUUCGCCUUGUCUGAGGCCAUGGGUCUGUUCUGUCUCAUGAUGGCGUUCUUGUUGCUGUUUGCAUUCUAAUUGCAUUUUAGUUGCCUACUCAUUACCAUGGAGGUUCAACCUUCCCGUUAUGGGGUGGGACUUAAGGGAUGUGGGCCUCCCAUGGAAUAAUCAAGGGGGCUGUGAAGCCAAAGUGGUGUCGUCUGAUGGUGGUGGUUUGUUUUGAGAACGUGCACCAAAAGGGGCUGAAGACUUGUGUGGACAUCUGUGCACAGUUCCUCACAGACCGCUGCCCUGCAGCUUGUCGUCAGUCCUGCUUCUUUAUUCCAUGGCUUGUGGCCUCUUAGAACGUGGGCUGCCAGCACAGGUUUCACAAUAGGACAGAAGUGAGUGGGAAUUUUAACAUCCACUGCAAAUUGCAGCAAUAGUUUUUUCUGUAAAUUAUAACCUAAAUUAAUGUUCAAUGACUUGACGUGUAUAUUGUGAUUUGUAUGUUGGCCAGACCUUGUAUCCAUUGUUGGCCUCUAUUUGGUAAUGCAGGGAGAAUGAUUCCAUUGUACAGCCUUGUUAGAACGAGUAAACUAGAGAAGUGGCUUCGGCAGGCUGCUCUAAAUUGGCAUGUAAUUACUUCAAAUACGCCCAACCUUCCUAAUCAUUUCCAUCCCCAUCACUUAGGUUAGUAUUAUGGUUGAUUUCUGGUUGUUGUAGACUGACUGAAUUGUUUUUGUAAAUUGGUUCAUAUUCUGUAUUGGCCUUCAAUGAAUGAAGAGAUGAGAAUGUUAAAAAAAAAAAAUGUAGUACAUUUCUCCAGGCUCACUAUUCCUUUCCCUAUCAUUUGAACUACAGUCUGGUAUGACAGUGACUAAAAAAAAUGAAAGUAGGUUCAGAGUAAAUACAAAUGGUCCCAAAGCCCAAUGUGUAGGAUUAAAAGGGUAGUAUUGACUAUUAAUGACGUCCUAAUAUUUUAGGGAGGUUAGUACGGAUACGUUCUCUUGAAGUGGGCUUCGGGUCGGCGCUACUUUGGAAGCCAUCCAGUGAUCUUCCUAAGAGCGCUUUUAGUUCCUAUGAACGCAACUAGAGCGCGCGAGGAUCCAGGCAAGUGCAGUUACGUAAAUCGAGCGACGCGAAGAGCAUCGCCUUCCUUCCGCUUGGCGUUUGCCCCAAUGCCCGUUCGUAGUGCCAACUGGGGCACAUUCGCUCACGCCCGGGUCAUGUUGCAAGAACCUAGGAGGCCUAGAUCGGAAACCCCCGCCUCGCACCCUGCUGCUUGAGAACUACCGACCCCGCUGCAGUCAUUCUCGCUCCAGCAUCAGCUGCAGCUAGGGCGGUUUUCGCCGUUGCUUAAGCAGCUGACAAAACCUUCAGCGUUGGCGCGGGGCGGCGCCGUGCAGCCGCCGACGCCACUUGCGACAAGGGGGAAAGUGCGCGCGCGGGCGCUGGGAACGCGGGAUGAAGCCGCGUGGGAGCGCGCUUCGUCGCGCCCCGCGCCUCUGCGGGUGGCUGGGUCGCCUCUCGGAGCCGAUUGACCUCACUAGCCACAUGACGCACGAUUGCUAACAAAAGCCGACUGAGAUAGCACGACUGGGUGAAGUUUUCAGGGGGGUAGGUAUUUCGACCUUCAGUAAGUCUUCGGGAAGUAAAGUACAAUUUGCGAAAUUACAUUGUAUUGAAAUAAACCUAAUUGGUAAAAAGAGAUAUAUCCAAAUAUUUUUAUGGGAAGGGGGGAGGGCUGUGUCGAGACUUUAUCUUAAUAAAAAAAUUUAUGCUGAACAUUUUGUUAAAGUUUAUAACGUUAACGAUAAUUGACGUACGUUUUAAUAUGAAUCUUUGGCUUGGAAGGGGGGUGAAGUCUCCUUGGGUGCGCUUCUGGUAAAAAUUUACUUUGUUAGGAAAAACUUGUCCAUUGACCAACUUUUACAUUGAAUUUUCGCUGUCACGCUGUAGUUCAGUAGAUUGUAGUACAUACGGCAAUAAAUGGCUAGUCUUGUGUAGAUUUUGUCUCGCCAAGUAUCUUGAAAUUCAAGACAGCGUUCUUCUCGGAUAAAUAAGCGAUAACCAGGUACUAAUAACAUUCUUCAGGAGAUCCAAACACCUGUGCACAAUUUUGGUGCAUUGGCUAAAGCAAAGUUGCCGAGGACAAAAAUCAUUAGAAGAAUGAGAGUUUUGCAUGCUUAACAUUUGGAACUACAAAAACAUAACGUGCAAAUUUAAGUGUCUAGAUAUAGCAUGCAAUACUACAAUUUGAAGCCAAUUUAGAAUGUGCUUCCAGAUUGUUAUAAUACAUUAUUUAUUACGUUCCGAUAGAAUUAGAGAAGCGUAUUUUUAAAUGGAACGGCCCGUCAUUAAGACUAUUGUAUGUGAUUAUAAAUAAAUAUUUUUUUUAAUAUUGUAAUGUUUGAUACCCCCG